AUGGCGGACGCGCAGCAACUACGCGAUCUGAUAAAAAAGAUCCUCGCAGAAAAAAAACGUGACGGAUGCGAGGUCGAAGUCGAUAAAUUCGAUAGUGGCGGUGCAAAUUAUACGUCAGCUUUGUUCCGAGUCACGGUGUCCUCGGUGAAGGAUGACGAACUGCAUCUAUUCGCGAAGGUAGCAGCGUUCGGUGAUUCGAUGAGGGAGAAAAUCAACGCCGAUUGGAUGUAUUCAACCGAACAAUUCGUUUACACGAAACUGGCUAACAUUUACCAGGAUCUGCAGUUACGUCACGGUGUGGAAAACGAGCACAGAUACGUCUUCCCGAAGUUUUUCGGCUUAAGCUCGGAACACGGGAACGAGACAAUUGUAACGGAGGACUUAGCUGCCGCUGGGUACGGAUGUUAUGACAGAUUCCGACCUAUGGACUGGGAGUACGCGUCAGUGUCUAUGGAAACUUUGGCCAAGUUCCACGCUCUUUCCUUCGCGUAUGAGAAGGAAAACCCUGAGGAGUUCCAGAAAGUUACGAAAGACAUGCAAUAUAAGAUAGGAUCUGAGGAGGAUAAGUCGUUGGAGAGUUUCUGGGUGCAGCUGGUAGAAGUGUCAUUAGCAGUGAUUAGAGAGGAGAAUAGAGAUAGAGUUAGAAAAAUAGUGUAUGAUGAAAACGUUAUGAAGAAUUACAACAAGCCGGUAGACAAGAUUGUUUUAGCGCACGGUGAUUACAGACUUAGCAAUUUGUUAUUUAAAAAACAGAACGGCCGUCUCCAAGUGGUCCCAGUUGAUUACCAGUUAGUGCACUCUGGAUGUCCAUUGAAUGAUGUGCUGUACUUCAUCACAGUGGGCUCGGACCAGCAGUUCCGAGCUAAGCACUUCCACCAGCUUAUUGACUUCUAUUAUGAGCAGCUGGCCCUGGCGUUGCAGAGGUUUUCCUUGGACAUUGUGGACGUCUACCCGAGGGAGAUCUUCGAUAAGGAGUUGAAAGAAAAACUUCCGCACAUGUUGCUGAUUGGCGUGAUGAUCCUGCCAGCAGUGACAGUGGAGGCCGAUGCGGCGCCCAAGAUGGACAACGAUUCUGAUGUCUCCACAUUCAUUUUUAAAACCAAUAAGCUUUACGCGGAGAGAUUCAACGGCAUCGUCGAUGAUUGUAUAGGGUGGGGGGUUAUAUAG